GCAAACGUGCGCAGCGACAAAGACAGCGAGCCCGAAACCUAUGGGGAAGGAAUAAAAAAAGAAUUUCACUACCGUCGCACUCUGUACCUUAAAGACUAUCAUUUUCUGACGAGCUCGCUGCCCCGGAGGCUCGUUGAAGACACCGAAAUUUGACGGCGACGAGGGCGGAUUUAGAGGCAGCGCAGAGCCAUUGAAUUCGUUGAAGAAGACUGGCAGAUUUUCCGUUGGACUGUCUGUAGGCUAGGGUAUAGCGAGGGAGCCGCCAUGGCAGUCGGAUCAUUGAGCCUCCACAUCGGGAUAUGAAGAGGAUUGUCAAGAAAACGCCGCAUUUACCUUUGAUCCGCACCGGAUCGGCACUCUUAACAUCUGAUCUCACACUUCUUCGUCUUUGUGAAACUGAAUUGAAGAAAUCUCAGUUGGUUUUCGGGGGGCCACAGGGAGAGGCCAGAUUCAUGACUAUUUUAGUCGGAGACGUGUCUUUAGAGGCCCGCUGAAAGAAAACCUGGAAUAAAGGGAAGAAAUGCUGCUCUGAUUGAGCUUUGCUGGGAAAGAAAGGGUAACGUUUAUUAGGUAAUACGAACUAGAGUGAAAUAUCGUGGGGUAAAAGGGGACGCUUUCUGCCUAAGUUACCCUGUGUGAAUUAUAGUGCUAUUCAUUUACUGGCAUCCUUUUUUGGAUGAGAAGGUUCGGCAGAGCGAUCAGCCCCGCCGUUUAGCAAGUCACAGUUCUCCGAGUCGAGAGAGAAUCAAAGGGGAUUGGAUCAUGUCGGGUCGGCCCAGGACCACAUCCUUCGCGGAGAGCUGCAAACCAGUGCCGCAGCCCUCGGCUUUCGGCAGCAUGAAAGUCAGCAGAGAUAAAGACGGCAGCAAGGUAACAACAGUCGUGGCCACUCCAGGCCAAGGCCCAGACCGACCACAGGAGGUGAGCUACACGGACACUAAGGUCAUCGGUAAUGGCUCGUUCGGCGUUGUCUACCAGGCUAAACUCUGCGACUCCGGAGAGCUGGUUGCCAUCAAGAAGGUCCUGCAAGACAAGAGGUUUAAGAACCGUGAGCUGCAGAUCAUGAGGAAGUUGGACCACUGCAACAUAGUCCGCCUGCGCUAUUUCUUCUACUCCAGUGGAGACAAGAAAGAUGAAGUGUAUCUGAAUUUGGUUCUGGAUUAUGUCCCUGAGACUGUCUACAGAGUGGCCAGACACUACAGCCGAGCCAAACAGACUCUGCCCAUGGUUUAUGUUAAGUUGUACAUGUACCAGCUGUUCAGGAGUCUGGCCUACAUCCAUUCGUUUGGGAUCUGUCAUCGGGACAUAAAGCCCCAGAAUCUGCUGCUGGAUCCAGAGACCGCCGUGCUCAAGCUCUGUGACUUUGGCAGUGCUAAGCAGCUGGUCCGUGGGGAGCCUAAUGUGUCCUACAUCUGCUCUCGCUAUUAUCGAGCCCCUGAGCUCAUCUUUGGUGCCACUGACUACACUUCCAGCAUAGAUGUGUGGUCAGCCGGCUGCGUGCUGGCAGAGCUGUUGUUAGGCCAGCCAAUCUUCCCCGGUGACAGUGGAGUGGAUCAGUUGGUUGAAAUUAUCAAGGUUCUCGGCACCCCAACCCGAGAGCAGAUCCGUGAGAUGAACCCCAACUACACUGAGUUCAAAUUCCCCCAGAUCAAGGCACACCCAUGGACUAAGGUGAGUCAACAGGUGUUCCGGCCGCGCACGCCUCCGGAGGCCAUCGCCCUGUGCUCUCGCCUGCUGGAGUACACGCCCACGGCCCGUCUCACCCCUCUAGAGGCCUGUGCACACUCCUUCUUUGAUGAGCUGCGUGAUCCCAACGUCAAACUGCCCAACGGGAGAGAGAAGCCCUCCCUCUUCAAUUUCACCACCCAGGAGUUAUCCAGUAAUCCCUCUUUGGCCUCCAUACUCAUCCCUGCCCAUGCACGCAGCCAGGCCGCCGCCUCUACCCCUACCAACGCCUCUGCGACCACAGAUGGCAGCAGCACAGAGCGAGGUCCCAGCACCACCACCGCCUCUGCCUCGGCCUCCAACUCCACCUCCUGAGUCCACAGAACACCCGCCCUGCCCCGGUCUCAGCCCCAGCCGACGGCCUCUCCAUUGCCCCGGCCAGGGGGUGAGCUCCGCUCGGCUCUGCUCUGCCCUGCUCUCCUCUCUGACAGCAGCGGAGCGAUGCUGACGCGGUCCGGGUUCAACAGCUAGCCAUCAGCCCCGUGCCACAACCACAAACCAAGCAUCCCGAAUCAGCCUCUUUGAUCCCUUACUUGGCCCCUCAUCCAGCUGUUUGAACUCUACUCCAUCCUCCGUCAAAGACAUCUCCCCGUUCCCUUUCAACGGGGAAGCAAAGUGCAGGGCCAGAGGUGUUGUCGACUGUACUAUUUAUAAAAGUACACUGUACAUGUAUACACAAUGCUAGCCUGCUAAUGUUUGUAAGAGGACAAUCUGUAGAAAAAGUCCUAAGCUGUUCCCCUUGGCCCUCACCCUAUCCAGUCUUCCCCUUUUGUCCUACUCCACAUUGUCCCAUUUUUCUGCAUUCUCACCCUUUGACCCCUGACCCCUGUGUCCCCUGGCAGAUGCCCCACCCCCCUUUGGUUCCACCUGUAGUGCAUGGCCUGAGUAUGGUUAGGAUCACCCGUGGGGUCACCCCGCCCUCUCACUUCUCACCUCCACUUCCGCAGACAAGGCAUGAGGCUCGCUCACGGGUAUACACACAUACACACUCAUAAACAAACACACACCCACAUCCUCACACACACAUACACACACGCGGAUGCAUGAUGAUCCUGAUGUAUGUGGAAAGAAGCAGUCCACUUGCAGGCAUAACGUUUGGACAGGUUGUUUUUGUUUCGUGUCCUGGGAUUGUUUUUUAAAUGGUUAGCGAGCUGUUUUACUCUACCUUGUUUUUAACUUUUUGUUUUGUACUCCUGGGCAGAUGUUUUUGGAUUGCCAUGUACGAUGGAUGUGACAUGUAUCUGGUCCUGUGUGCUUGUAAAAUAUAUACAUACAAAUACAAAACAAACAUGCGUACAUACACAGUUUAUAUAUUACUUUUCCUUAUGUAUAAAAGUAUAUAUAGAUAUAUGUAUAUUAACUACAAUGGUUCAGAAAUCAUUUAUGGUGAGCUCAUAUCUGGCUGAGCAGCGGCAAUAUUUGCUGCUGUCUAAAGAAAAUAGAUUUAGAUAAGAUGGUGUUUUGUUUCUGUUGCUGGAGUGUGGUUAGAUUCCAGCAGUCACUUUCCUGUUCUACUGUGUUGUCUGUAUUAAGGCUGUAGAUGGAUUUAGGGCAUUGCUCUAAAAUUCCCUGUCUUUGUACCGACUCUGUCUGUGACAGUGACAGUGCAGUGUCUAGACAAACAUCUUGCCCUAUCUGGCCCUUCCUCUUUCUCUCAGUCUCUGUGAAGAAUUCAAGAUGUUUCUUAACACUUUUCUUUCCUCUGCUCCUUGGGAAGCCUCAGCAGCGGUCUCUGGCUCACCGCCGACUGUCUCCUGUGUAGUGACCACUGACUGAAGCGUUAGCCUAGCGUUCUUUCUCCUCCACCUGCCGCACAUAGAGCCACUCGGUACAGUCUGUCAAAGCGUCUUAUUUACAGAGAAUACUCACUACAUAAAAAAAAAAGAAGAAAGAAAUAAAAGAAAAAAGCAGAAUUUGUAUAUACAGUAUAAAUGCUCCUCACCAAAAUUCUGACUUGUAUGUUUUUUUUUUAUGUUGUUAUGUUGAUUAUUUUUUCCAUGUUGUGUUCAAGGUAUGUAUAUAUGCAGACCCAUGUACUGUUUAUGAGCAAAAACAAAGAUGACAAAGGGUAGGGGAAGAAAUGAAAAAGAUUUAAAAAAAAAAAAAAAAAAACAGAAUCAGGGCAAAACUGAUGUUGUUUAUGGAUAUUGUAGAUGAUGAUCAGCUUUAUCCAGCCAUAUGUUCAGUCUUACCUGUACAGUACAGUAGAUGACAGCUGUAUUAUUGUAACAAGAACUAGUCAUGUAUAGUGUAACUAUAGUUUGGAGUGCCUUUGCUUUCAUACACCUUCGCCUCCCCCUCCCCUAUCACCCUGCUGUCACCCCCCUCCCAUCCUGAUAUUGUGACUCUCCCUUUGGUGCUGUUGAAUGUCCUGCUAUCCUAAAACACAUGCACACACACAUCCACACUCUUCCACUUGAAUAUCAGUCCCCUCCGCCCGCACCUCUUUUUCCUCUUUCAUUGCACACUUAACUGUAAUACACAGACAAUGCUAAUUGUAAGGAUAUUUUCCUUAACUGAAGAUACAGUAGACGUGUUUAUUUUAACAGAUGUUUUAUCUUGGACACACAUGCACAUCACAGUCCUGGCACGGACUCCGGGGCAUGAAGUGGGUGCGGGGGCGGGUGUUAUGGAUGACAGCAGGGGUUCAAAAAAGGUCUCAUAUACUGUAUAUAUACAGUAGUUUCUGUAUUACUCGCAGUGUUGGUUCUGUUACCAAAGCCAAACUAAGAUGUAGUUGUGAUGAGCCAUCCUCAGAGGCAGUCUGGUAUUCUGUCUCUCUUCUACUCUCUGGAUAUUUUGUUGUUUCUCUGUCCUCUUGCUUGUUCUUCUCCCCUGUCUGCAUAUUCGGGAAGGGAGGGGGGGGAUUCAGUAGCACCUAAGGGGUCGAGUCAUGUAGCGUCUCUCCUGUCUCCUGCUUGCUGUAAUUUUGCAUUCAUGAACGUGUUGCUACCACCAGAAAGUUUGACCACCUCACCCUACCCCUAACUCCAGUUCAAUAAAAGCAUCACAAAAGUUACCAAAAAAGAAGACAAGCAAGUAUAUAUGCUAGUAUAAUGUAUACUAGCAUAUAUACUACUUGACUAUGCUAACUGGGGUUAAAGAAAAGAAAAAUCAUAGAAAAUACUACAAAAACAUCCUGUAUAACAGUACUACUACUUGAAUGCCUCUGUUUGUGACUGAACUUUUUAUUUCUUUUGUUUGUUUGUUUUUCCUUUGUUCUGUGAAGAUAUGCUAAAUGUGCACCUCUGUAAAUAUUCCCUCUGCGUGCUCUGAGGAAUAGUUCCCUGGUACUGUAAUUUGCAUUAAAUAAAGAGUAGGAUAGCCUGGAAAUGAACAAGG